AUGGCAAAGUUUCGAAGAAGGACUUGCAUCAUUUUGUCACUUUUUAUUCUAUUUAUUUUUUCUGUGAUGCUGGGUUUAAAAAUGCUGAGACCAAAUAAAGGCACUUUUGGAGCUCCUUUUGGACUUGAUCUUCUUCCAGAAGUUCGUCGACAAAUUCCUCGCUUGGGGAAAAUUUUUGAUUCUGAAAUGAGUGACACAAUCAACAGUGAAACAAAUAUCAAGCAUUUAAAAAAUGUUGAAUUUACUGUGAAACCUCCCAAAGCCUCUGAACCUUUCCUGGAAGAACUGCAGCCUCUGAAUUAUUAUUUACAUGUAUUUUAUUACACUUGGUAUGGAAAUCCACAAUUUGAUGGUAAAUACAUACAUUGGAACCAUUCAACGCUGAAGCACUGGGAUCCUAGAAUAAACAAUAAUUAUCCACAAGGGACACACAAACCUCCAGAUGAUAUUGGCUCCAGCUUUUACCCUGAAUUGGGAACUUACAGCUCUCGGGAUCCUUCUAUCAUCGAAACUCACAUGAAACAGAUAUACUCAGCUUCAAUUGGUGUAUUAGCCCUUUCUUGGUACCCACCUGAUUCCCAUGAUGAGAAUGGAGUACCUACUGAUGACUUGGUACCAACUAUUUUGGAUAAAGCACACAAAUACAAUCUAAAGGUCGCUUUUCACAUUGAACCUUAUAUCAAUCGAGAUGUUCAAAACAUGUACAGAAAUGUCAAAUACAUUAUAGACAAAUACGGAAAUCAUCCGGCCUUUUACAGGUACAAGACUAAGACCGGCAAUUCUCUUCCUAUGUUUUAUGUCUAUGACUCCUAUAUUACAGGCCCUGAACAAUGGGCCAGCCUGUUAACCACCUCAGGGUCUCGGAGCAUUCGCAAUUCUCCUUAUGAUGCACUGUUUAUUGCUCUUCUCGUAGAAGACAAGCAUAAAUAUGAUAUCCUCCAGAGUGGCUUUAAUGGAAUUUACACGUAUUUUGCCACAAAUGGCUUUACUUAUGGCUCAUCAUAUGAGAAUUGGGCUAAAAUCAAAUUGUUUUGUGAUCAUUUCCAACUGCUAUUUAUCCCAAGUGUGGGCCCCGGAUACAUAGACACCAGCAUCCGUCCAUGGAACACUCAGAACACUCGGAACCGGGUCAAUGGGAAGUAUUACGAGACUGCUCUGAAUUUGGCCCUCCAAGCGCACCCUAGUGUAAUUUCUAUCACAUCUUUCAAUGAGUGGCAUGAAGGAACUCAGAUUGAAAGAGCUGUGCCCAAACGAACCAGUAAAAGAGUGUACCUGGAUUACCGGCCUCACAAACCAAGUCUUUACCUGGAACUGACUCGCAAGUGGUCUGAAAAAUACAGUAAGGAAAGAGCAACGUAUGCAUUAGAGCACCAGCAGCCUGUUUCUUAA